GGCGUUGCCCAGUGAUUGCACGUCGGAGAUGACCGUUGAGUCGCCGCGACUUGAGACUGCAGCGUGGGAUGAUCUUUUUUCCGGAAACGUGUGCGGUGAAGUUGAUGCGCCGUGCAUUAGUGGUUCGGAUGCGGAGCGGUUGGCCUUGCUUUUGGAGGAACACCGUGACGUGUCAACGCAAUUGUGGGAUGUAAGAGAAAGUUUGGUUGAAAAGGCUUUGGGUCUGCAUGACGAUUUGGUGUCCGAUGGGCAAGCCGUGAGGGACACUGUGAAAGCGUUACAAGCAGCCCAGAAGGCCUUAGAGCUUGAGAUCGGGGUGUUGGAUUGGUCGUUGGAAGCAACGGAUGCGAGCUUGCAUCACUCAAGUGUCGAGUUCCCUUCUGGGCGUGUGGGCUGUUGUGUUGACGGUGAGGCCUUGAAGGGCUUGGACGAUCGAGAUGCUGCUGCUUCUAACGAAGUCCUGCAGACCAGGGUAGUGCCGAACUACAUUGUGGCUCGGGAUAUUCAUCUCUGGGAUCCGUCGAUUCGGGCAGAGUUGUCUUCGUUGAUUGAUGAAAAGAAAGCAUUGUUUAGGUUCUGCAUUGCAUUCUCUAGCUAUCGUCGCUUCAUCUUGGGCCUCACGGACAUUAAGACGGCGUUUCUGAAUGCCAGACUCCUGCCUCGUGACCGUCAGCAGGCGGAGCAAGUAGCAGCAGAAGUAUCUGGGACUUCAGUACAGGAAGAGCUGCAAUGUAACCAACAUGGGCUUCCAAAGAUUCUUGAGGACCGUUCCGAGAUUAUAGCAGUCCGUCCUCCAACUUUCCUCCAGCAGAGAGGGUAUGCCACAUCGUCAGAAGCAUGGCUCGUGCUGAAGGCUUUGUAUGGAUUGGACCAGAGUCCACGCGAUUGGGGAUUGAUUCGGGAUUCCCAGCUUCGGCACUUGAAGAUUGUGGUUGGGGGUAAGACUCUUAGGCUGUGGAGAUCGGCGAGCGAUUCCCAACUAUGGCUUUUAUCCGAGCAGGAGCCGUGCUUGGGAUUGAGUCCUUUUCCCGAGGAUGCCUCGUCCAUCGAAGGUUGGGUCAUCAUCUACGUUGAUGAUGUUCUGGUUGGCGCGUGUUCGGAAGUCGUAAAGGCGGUGCUUGCUGCAUUCUCUGAGCUUUGGCAGUGCGACGAACCGCAACUGCUUCAAACGGCCGCAUGCAAGCCUUUGAGGUUCCUUGGAAUGGACAUCUCGAUAACCAAGCGUGGUGCGUUUCGGUUGACACAAGCUGCUUACAUUCAGGAUCUGGCGGGACGGUAUCAGCAGUAUCUGAAACGGGUGGAUUGCCCGUUGCCGGUUGGAACGGUUGCUCCCGAACCAGAAGAGUACAAUGCUGACGAUCUUCGGUCUGUGCAACAGGCCGUGGGUGAAUUAUUGUGGGUCAGCAUGCGCACUCGCAUGGACGUGUCGUUUCCCGUAUC